AUGGCAUCAUCCCUCCAGCCCGAAGCAUCUGGUACCAGUGCGCGUUUGCCGCGCAUCGACUCUAUGGCGCCAUCUGCGACUUCGACCAUGAUUGAGGACGACGACGCGCUUGAGGAGGAGAUCAGGAGAGACGAGGAGCGCAUUGAGGAGUAUGGUGGUGAUGAUCCCGAGGAGCCAGCCACCAAGUCGCCCGCGCUCAAGUCUCCAUCGCUGAAGGCUGGAGCGGCCUCGACACCCGCCUUCCACCAGAAACACGAACAUGACCCGAAUAUGGUUCGCUUUGCAGGGCCGGAGGAUAAGGGGAAUCCGCAGAACUGGUCGAGGAAGUACAAGUGGUUUGUCACGAUUAUCUGCUCCCUCAUGACGGUCAAUGUUACGUUUGCGUCUUCCGCGCCGGCAUCAGCGACAGGCUUGAUCGUGGUCAAGUUUGGUGUAUCUCUCGAGGUGUCCUACCUGAUUACCACAUUGUUCUUGCUUGGCUAUGUUGCGGGCCCGACUCUUUGGGGUCCUGGAUCGGAACUUGUAGGACGUCGUCCUAUCUUCUGUGUGACCAUGGUGUGCUAUACACUCUUCAUCAUCGGCCAGGCGCUCGCGCAGAACAUCGAGACUUUGCUCAUCACCCGCUUCUUCUCCGGGUUCUUUGCCUGCGCGCCCCUCACGAACUCCGGCGGUGUCAUUGCUGAUAUCUGGGACCCUAUCACUCGCGGAACCGCCACGUCCAUCUUCACGACCAUGGUGUUCUUGGGUCCCGUCUUGGGCCCGAUUGUGUCCGGUUUCGUCGCCGAGGACACCGGGAACUUCCGCUUGGUGUUCUGGGUUAUGUUCGCCUUCGCUGGCUUCUGCUCCGUCCUCACGAUCGCGUUUCUUCCGGAGACAUACGCGCCGAGGAUCCUCGAGAAGCGUGCGAAACGCCUCCGCAAGGAGGACCCGGUCAAGAACAAGGAUCUUUACGCCGAGGCUGAGCGCCAGGACUGGGAGUUCAAGGGUCUUAUGGACCGCACGCUUAAGCGCCCUUUCAAGAUGCUUGCUGUCGAGCCGAUCCUGCUCCUGGUCACCAUAUACCUUUCGGUUGUGUAUGGCGUCCUGUAUGGAUUGUUUGAGGCAAUCCCCGUCAUUUUCAUGGAGAAGCGCGGCUUCACCAUCGCGCAGAGCGGUCUAAUCUUCAUUGCGGUCGGUAUUGGCGCUACGCUCGGCUCCAUCAUCAACGUGUAUGCAACGAGGAUGUAUCCUACUCUCGUCAAGGAGUGGCGCGGUUUCCCGCCCCCGGAGAAGCGUCUGUACGGUGGAAUGGUUGCCGGUCCCGCGCUCGUCGUUGGCGCCUUCUGGCUUGGAUGGACGGGAAAUUACCCCAACGUUCAUUGGGCGGCGCCCGCGGUCAGCUUGGUGCUGAUUGGCAUCAGUGUCUCGCUAGUCUUCAUUUCGUUCUUGAGCUAUCUCGUGGAUACAUAUCUCAUGUAUGCUGCAUCUGCGCUCGCCGCGAACACCAUCAUGCGUUCGGCCGUUGGUGCUGCUUUCCCGCUGUUCACGACCAAGAUGUACGAGGGCAUGGGAGUACAAUGGGCCAGUACGCUCAUCGCGCUCGUGGCGCUCGUCCUCGCGCCCAUUCCCUUCCUCUUCUACAAGUAUGGCGCCCGCAUCCGCGGCAGCUCGAAGUUCGCCCCUUGCAUCGACCUCAAAAUUGCGGCCGCCAUCGCUGCCGAGAAGGCAUCUCAUGAGUCCAAAGCCGAGCCCUAG